AUGCGAAAGAACAACUCACUCAUUCAUUCAUCCAUCUUGUUGAUGAUGAUAAUUGUUUUGGUCACAUUUUCUGUGAUGGUCGUUUCCGAAGAGUUGUUGUCCUCAUUUUCUCAUCAUCAUGAACAACAACAACAACAAGAACGUUUCGCUUCCUUUUCACUCCAUCAUUUAAUGUCGAACCAAAAUGGUAUCAACAAUCAUUUUGAAGGAACGUUCAGAGUACACAUUCGGAAUGAUCAGUCUCAUCAUCACCCCACAGUGGAUUCCGAUUGGUUUGGAAUGUAUCGAAUGGAGAGCGGAAAUUCAUUCAAAUUCUUUGCACAAAGUUUACACUCACCAUUGAGUGUCACUUUUGACAAUGAUCGAAUGGACAUUAUGGUUCGUUCUGGAAAACCAAAUCGAAACAAGGAUGAUUGUAUUCGAUUGAAUUACGACAUGAAGCAAGAUGACAUGUCCAAAAGUGGAAUUCACAGAACACUCACACAAUUUAUUGAACUAAUGUUGAGACCUGCAUUGUUAUCCAAUUGGAGAAUGGAAGACAGCAAGGAAGAGAUUCAACAUUUGAGUGAAAUUGCAAAAUGUACCGAAAAAGAUUCUCUAAUUUUCGUUAAUGAUUUGAAUGAGAAACAUCUGACGCCUUGA